GCAUACCAAUCGUAAUCUGCUUUAGAUUUGAUGACUGCCUGGCCAUUGCCAUCACAUGCAACAACCUUACUCAGACCAGUAACCACCCGUCGAAUGUGAAAAUAAGCUGCAAGCAAAUUUCUGAUUCUCUCUGGAGAGUAGAAACGGGAAAGUUGGCAACGUAGCGCGGGUAUGGCUUGCUGUAAUGGACGCGGCUGUUUCGGAAAACGCUUACGCCAGCUAGUGAAAAAGAUAAUAGUCCUCUUUAUAAUACAAACGACUGCAUGGUUUCUGUACACGUACAUAGAAGAGGGAUUUUUAUUGACAGAUUGCAUUUUUAAUCAGGAGAAAAUCAAGCGACUCAAAGAGACGAAGAAGCUGAAUGUGACAAGACAAGAGAACGAACUGUACGCGGAGCUUGAUGAAAUUUUUCUUGGGGAUUUUGAUAGAGGCAAAUUUGAGAUCUACCAUGCUGAGUUUAAGAGACACUUUAAUGUAAAAGAGCCAGUACCUACAAAAGUAUCAAUCAGCGAAAUCUGUAAAAAGUGGUAUUUGUUUACAGCUAUCACUCUAACCACAGUUGGAUAUGGCAACGUUGUCCCCAAAACGAUGGCUGGAAAGCUACUGUUUUUUCCAUUCAUUCUUAUUGGCAUCCCAACGAUGUUAUUCUUUUUGGGUUAUGUUGGACAGUUACUUGCUGAACUAUGUAGCAAAAUCGUUGAACUGCUAAGCUGCCGGCGCACUCACACUGGGGAAUACCAAAUUGCUCACAAAGAGCUCAAGUCCUUUCUUGUUAUUUUCAUUUUUCUUUGGGCUUAUAUUCUUUUAGAAGCAAUGGUGAGCUUUUACUAUCCAGAUCCUGAAUUAAGGCUGAGCUUUUUAGAUGGGGUUUAUUUCUAUUUUGUGUCUUUUACGACUAUUGGUUACGGUGACAUAACAGCACCUAUGACGCAGCCUCUCUUCGAAUUUCGACUCUAUGUCGGCCUGAGUCUUAUGUCUGGGGUAGUCAGUGCUGCCCUGGACUUCUCGCAGAAAAUAUCCCCAAGGCGGAUAGGAGGAGACAGGGAGGGAAAGUGCUGCUGUAAAAUGCAUCAACAAAGCUGCGACAUCCAGCCAGCUGUGGAGAUGGUUGUAGUGCAGGGUACGUACACACAAAAAGAAGCAAAUGGGCAAUCAAAAACGGUGAAUACGGCUCGUGAUAACAAGGGGUAUAAAUUUGAAGUGCAAGAGAUUCCAGAAAAAAAAUAAA